GAGGUGUGUCUCCUCCUCUGUCUCCUCCCCUCUCUCAGUUCCCGAGCACUCUCAGAGGCCAGAGGCCCGCACUGUGAAGGUGACCCCCCACGGGAGGAGGGCGACGGCCCCCGGGAGGACGAUGGCCCGCGCCCGCCUCGCUCCGGCCCGCGUCUCUGCCGCCGCCGCGGUGUGGCUCCUGUGGGCGCUCGGCCUCCCGGGCACCGAGGCCGGACCGCCGACCUUGCCCCCCGGGCCGCCGGCGGGAGCCGCCUGCCUGAACCGCUUUACCACCGGGGUGCCUGCCUUCGUGCUCGACACCGAGGCCUCGGUCAGCAACGGGGCCACCUUCCUGGGCUCCCCCACCGUGCGCCGCGACUGGGACUGCGUCCGCGCCUGCUGCGCCACACACAGCUGCAACCUGGCGCUGGUGGAGCUGCGGCCCAACGGCUUGGAGGACGACACCCCCUCCUGCUUUCUCAUGAACUGCCUCUACGAGCAGAACUUCGUGUGCAAGUUCGCGCCCAGGGAGGGCUUCGUCAACUACGUCAUGCGGGAGGUUUACAGCUCCUACCGGGAGCUUCAGACCCAGGGCUUUGGAGAGUCUCGGGUCCCCAAGGCCUGGGCAGGCAUGGACUUGAAGGUGCAGCCCCAGGAACCCUUGGUGCUGAGGAGUGAGGAGAAUGCAGAUUGGUACCUGCUGCAAGGCGACACGGCCGUCAGGAUAGAGAAAAAUGACCAGGACCACGUAAAGUUCUGGGGACUCCAGGAAGGCACCUACCUGUUCCAGCUGACAGUGACCAACUCAGACCAGCCAGACGACACUGCCAACAUGACGAUCACUGUGCUGUCUGCCAAGCAGACAGAAGAAUAUUGCCUGGCGUCCUACAAGGUAGGCCGCUGCCGGGGCGCCUUCCCGCGCUGGUACUACAGCCCCACGGAGCAGGUCUGCAAGAGCUUCAUUUACGGCGGUUGCUUGGGCAACAAGAACAACUACCUCCGGGAGGAAGAGUGCAAGCUAGCCUGCCGGGACGUGCAAGGACCCUCCGUGGAAAGGCAACAUCCAGUGUGCUCUGGCACCUGUCAGGCCACCCAGUUCCGCUGCGGCAAUGGCUGCUGCAUUGACAGCUUCCUGGAGUGUGACGAUACCCCCGACUGUCCUGACGCCUCCGACGAGGCCACCUGUGACAAAUACACCAGCGGCUUCGACGAGCUCCAGAGCUUCCAUUUCCCCAGUGACAAAGGGCACUGCGUGGACCUGCCAGACACGGGACUCUGCCAGGAGAACAUUCCCCGCUGGUACUACAACCCCUUCACCGAGCACUGUGCCCGCUUUACCUAUGGCGGUUGUCAUGGCAACAAGAACAACUUCGAGGAGGAGCAGCAGUGUCUCGAGUCCUGUCGCGGCAUCUCCAAGAAGGAUGUGUUCGGUCUGCGCCGAGAAGACCCCGUCCCCAGCAUAGGCUCCGUGGAGGUGGCUGUUGCGGUGCUCCUGGCCGUCUGCAUCGUGGUGGUCGUGGCCAUCCUGGGUUACUGCUUCUUCAAGAACCAGAGAAAGGGCUUCCGCGGACACCGCCACCGCCACCCCCCACCCCCCACCCCCGCCAACUCCACGGUCUCCACCACUGAGGACAUGGAGCACCUGGUCUAUAACCACACAACCCGACCCCUCUGAGCCGGGAGCUGCCUUGGCCCUAGCUGGGGUGCUCAUCAGUCUCCUGGCCUUGCUUCUUCCUCGCCGAGAUGGAGGCCUGGGCUGGGGAAAACUUUGGGACCAGACUCCCCCUGCCUGUCCCCUAGGCCCACUCUGCUCAGAGGCCAGGGCUCCAGCUCCUCCUGGAGGUGCCUCAGCUGAGCUUGGGCCAGGUGAUUCUGAGAAAGCUCAAGGGUCUGGAACAGGAAAACCCCCUGAGCCAGGAGUCCCAUACGCAGAUGGACCUGUCACUUCAACCACCUGCCUCGGAUUUCAGAGGAAGUUGACGAUGUGUUUCCUGUUCAGAACUGCCUGCCCCUACCCAUGGCCACCUCAGGGUGUGAGGAGAACCUGAGACAGUGUCAAAAGCUGGAGGCCCCCAACCCUGUCCUCCAAACCUGGACUGGGCAGAGGGGAAGGAUCUCUGUAUAUUUUGUGCUAUAAAGAGUUGCUUUUUGUUUAUUUAAUGCCGUGGGGUGGGUGAAGAGGAGUGGAAGGCCGCUGUAUGGCUGCUGCCUCCUUUCUUCCUCUUCCUCUUCCUCUUCCUCCAAUAUUGAGUUCUGACCUUGACCAUCCCCAACUGGCCUGGCCUGGCCUACAGAGCCAGAAAAGGCCCAGGGGCAGAGGAGGGAGUGGCUGCACCCCUUCCUCCCUCCACAUCACACCUCCACCCCCUCCCCACCCUGUCAUAGGCCCCAGUCC